AUGGGUUCUUCCAGCCUUUCCCCCGCCCUGGAACAGAUGCUGAAUGCUCUUGGGGUUGUGACUCUUCUUUGGCUGUCUCUGAAGGCUGCCUGGAGUGUGAUAUGGGCAGUGAGGACCUACUUGCUGUCUGAAGUGUGGAAAGGUGUCGAUCUGGCUUCCUACGGCCCUUGGGCUGUGGUGACUGGAGCCACAGCGGGUAUUGGAAAAGCCUACGCACUCGAGCUUGCUAGAAGGGGCCUCAACGUGGUUCUCAUCAGCCGCUCCGUGGAGAAACUGAAGCAGGUGGCGACUGAAAUUGAGGAGAAACAUGGCCGAAGCACGAUGGUGAUCCAAGCCGAUUUCACUCGGGGCUCAGAAAUCUAUGAGUCCAUUCGAGACAGUUUGCAGGGUCUGAAGAUUGGCAUUCUGGUGAAUAAUGUGGGUAUCGGCUUUGAUCCUCUCGGAAAAUUUCUUUCUACAGACCACCUUGACGAGUUUAUAGGUGACAUCGUGCACUGCAAUAUGCUUUCGUUUGUCAAGAUGACGCAGAUUGUCCUUCCUCAGAUGGCUGCCAGGAAGAAAGGAAUCAUCAUAAACAUGUCUUCUGGAUCAGGCCGGCGACCUUUUCCAAUGGCAAUUAUGUACAGUGCGACAAAGUGUGGAAAUCAGUUGCAAUUCCCUGGGGAUCUCCAGCUCCCACCUGACAAUUGGCAACCCUUCUUGGAGGAAACAGCAACUUUGGUGGACAGACGUUAUGGCAUCACAUCUCUGAUGAACUUUGUCCCCUCCCCAGACACCACGCUUGCCAACCUCUGCCUCUGUAUUACUAGGAAUUUCCCUACUGGAGUUGGCAACUCUGUGAGCUGCAUUGUCCUGGAGUCCUUCGGGGCAGGCAAGGGCAUUUUAACCAGUGGCCAGAACUGGCAUUUGAGAACAGGAGUUGACCGGAGCUGA